CGCUUUGACAGUUUGGGUUGGGCAUUUGUUUGUGUAUUAAUUUCAUUCGCCCUGUUAAAUUGUUGGUGCAUUUCCAAACUUUCCACAUUCCCUAAUUUUCUAUUGUUUGUUGUGUUCAAAACUAAAACCGUCCUUUACCAUGGUUUCGCUUAAGUCUUGCAUAAUCUCACUCGCAUUGUGCCUUUUCCUGUUCAUCGGCAACAGUGAAGCCAUCUGGUGCUACCGGUGCAAUUCCGCGACGCCGGGCUGCGGCGACAAGUUCAACUGGCGUGGCAUCGGCUACCUCGGCGACCCGUGCCCCGAGGAUGACGACGUGUGCGUGAAGGUGAUCGAGCGCAAGGGCACGAUGGAAACGUACACGCGCGAUUGUUUGAGCUCGCUGCAAGGCUUCCGCACGGACAUUCCGGCCGACAAGUACGAGGGAUGCCGCCCGGCGGCCCGGGAUCUGAAUCUCGCGCACUACGUGAACACGUCGGUCAAGGAGCUGGACGUGAAGCGCGAUCAUUACGACUCGACCACGUUCUGUUUCUGCUUUUUGGACCACCGGUGCAACGGUGCUACGGCACUGAGCGGUACCGCAGGGUAUCUGUGGAAGCUGGUCGCUUGUCUGCUGCUGUCAAUGGUCGCCUUAAGACGCUGAGGGAAGGAGGUGGGAGCAAACAUUACCAUACAAAAUCUCAACCCAAACACGCAUUUUUGAAGGGAAAGAAGGUGUUGUUCGAUGGGGAGAAGGAAGUAACAGUACUCCGUCCUAGCAGUUAAGAUGUCAACGUUCCGUCCAGGAUUUUUUAGAUAAAAUAAAGCUUUACAUUUUAAUAA